ACAAUUGCUUCGAACUUCCCGUCUUAACAAAACACCAUAAGACAAUAGGGUAGGCCCUAACGACCCCGGUGUUCAUGGUAGGUUCGUGAAUGACAUACUUCGGAUAGUUCAUUACAAUAGGUUUCAUCCACGAGGCGACGACGUUAUUGUGUUGCAUGCUAGUGUUAAAAGCUACCUCUGCUCGUGGUGAUGGCCCAUGCAACGCAUCCAGGAUGCCCGGGUUUUAAACUACGUCCCGUCUCCAAUGAACGAGAUUUCCUCUAUCGGUAUAUAAACCAUUGUAUAAACACGGUUGCAAGAUGCGACACACUCCAAACAUGGCUGCUGGCAGCGCAGGUAUCCUUUUGCAUCUCACUGAGCGAAUGCUCGUAGCAGGCGAGACCGUGCGUGGGGAGGUAGAACUCAACCAUCCGACAUUGGAGAUGAACGGCGUUGAGAAAGUAUUUGUCAAGCUCUCCGGAUCUGUGGAUACGAACAUAGUGGUUACACAGAACGUGCCGCAAUCGCACGAGUCUCGACCAUUAUAUCAUCAAAAGGUCGUGAUUUGGCGCAAAGGGCAAACCGUUCCUUCUCAUUCAACGAGAAUUCCAUUCAGCUUCAAGAUACCUCAAGAUCUCCCUCCCUCCUUUCAGUUCGAUGGAUUAUACAUGAACGGCCGUGUUGGGCACGUUUUGGAGGUCAUCGGUAUUCGCCCAAAGUCUACAAAUCACCGGAUUGUUAUGCCCUUGUCUAUCGUUUCCCCUGAUCCUAUAGGAGCGCAACAUCGUCAAGGCAUGGAGAGUGGCUGGACUGGACAGUGGGUCACAGCCAAGAAGGAGGCUUAUAUUCGAAAGGGCAUCUGGGGUGCCCAUGCGACAGUCAACAUGGAGCUGCGUCUUCCUGCUGUCGCGACGUUCCCACUGUUCACUCGCAUUCCAUUCGUCGUCAGCAUCGUAACUUUCACCAAGGAGAUGAAGAUCGAGGAGCUGCCGAAAGCGUCUCAAGACAACCUCUUCCCUACUCCUCCUCACCAUGCCAAAGACAUAUCAUUUCGGCUGCGCCGACACAUCGAGGUCAGUGCUAACAGCCGGAACUUGGACGAAGUUAUAGACUACGCACGACUCGGAGGUCUUGGUGAGACCACAGCUCCCGAAGGCGACCAGCUGCAGGUACUUGAAAAGCAGUGGAUCCCGUCAUCAGAUGCUCGGAAGGGUGUCUGGAGACAGGAGACUCUCGUUCGCUCCUCCUUUACUUUACAAGCAUCUCCCACUUUCUCGUGUCCUUCAUUAAAGUUGAAGUAUGUCAUGUCACUGAAAGUCAGUUUCCCCGGUGUCGGGAACACCGUCGAGACAACUUUCCCAGUCGAAAUCGGUUCAGGCAUGACCUCGCGGCCAGAGCACCGAUCGCGCAGAAGAACAACACCCAUCGAGCCAGCACCUCCCUAUGAAGACCCAGAUGCAUCGCAAGACCAUAGGCGGAUAACUCUGGACCUCCCGCCUUCAUAUUGGUCUGUGGCCGAAUGGGACAACGAUGGCAGACCAUGAUCGUCGCGAAAUUCAUAGCUACGAAACGUUAUGCAAAUCCUGACCGGUUUUGCUUCUUACGCUCUUACCGCUGCAUGAUGUCAUGCUUUUCAACCCUAUCCAGCCGGCUGGAAUACCUGCAUCGCAAUAAUUUAUUCCCAAUCGCACAUGUUAUCCUCGUCCGUUUCGUAUCUCACUCGCUACUUGCUGUCUUGCUUUCGAUACGCUUUUUUUCUCGUACUCUUCCAUGUUGGCUUGAAACUAUAAAUCUGGAUGGUACAGUUUUCGCCUAUGCCUAUGCUCCAAAAAUGUUCGAUUUGCUUGUCACCGUUCGAGAACGGUAGCGUAUAUCCAUCGCCCUAAACCCAGCAUAGAUGAAGACCGCGCUGACGAAGCCUACCAAUAUUCCGACGUCUCCAGUACCUGCCUUGGCUAUGGGCCCAGUCCACCAUUCCUGUUCCAUGCACAAAACGACAAUGCCAAUGGUGGUGAUAAAGGUAAGGACGGCCGGUAAGCUGCUGGGAAGACGUGCAGGCUGGUUCCAACACUUUUGAACUUCAUAUGAAGACCAUCUGGCUCGGCGAAAGACGACGUGCUCCGUGAGAACGAUCGCAGUGAAAGGAGCUAACCAGUACCCACUAAAACCUU